GGGUUAGAUUUUGUCAGUUGUCGAUCGAGAGUUACAGGAGGAGGUGUGCACCGGCUCUAAAGCUACCUAUGAAGAGUCUUAGAUUGGUCGACUGGAGCGGUUUACCAAUUACAAGAUGAUCAUGAAGCAAGUUUGUGCAGGCGUGUCCACGGUGCUGGGCAUGUGCCUGCUGGUGCUGGGUGGCCUGACCAUCGUGUACUACGAACCCUUCAUCAACAACAUGAUCUUCAAGGAGAUGCUGAAGGGCACGGAGUCGACGCUGUUUGAGCCCGGGUCUGUGAUCGACGUGAAGCCUGUGCUCAGCGUCUAUUUCUUCAACGUGACCAACAAGGACGAGUUUCUGGCCGGCGACAAGCCCAUCCUGCAAGAAGUUGGGCCUUACGUAUACUAUCAGAAAUGGAUUCGCUGGAAGUCCUACAAGAACGCUAACCGCACCAUCUCGGGCUCGCUCAAGAAGAUCUAUUACUUCGACCGCGAGGCCUCCUACGGCCCUGAGAGCGACCUCGUCACCACGCUCGACGUGCCUAUGGUGACCGCGGUGUGGCAGGUGCGCUACACGCCCAAGUUCAUCCAGCUGAUCUUCUCAAGUAUGCUCGAGGUGCUCAAGAAGACUCCCUUCACCACCCGCAACGUCAGCGAGCUCGUCUGGGGCUACGAGGAUCCCCUCCUCAAGAUGGCGCGCGACAUCCUGCCUCCCGAGCAACGCUUCCCGUCUGACUCGUUUGGCUUCUUUUUAAAUGCCAAUAAUAGCGAUCCUGGUAACAACUUGAGGAACUUCCUAAUCGGGACGCCUGAAGACAUGAGCCAGCAUCUGGAAGUUUACUCAGACGACUUCAAGGUUUACCUCAACUUCUGGAAGACGAACGAGUGCAACAGAAUCCACGGCAGUGACGGCUCUGGCUUUCCUCCUGGCCUAAACCGCACGUCGACUUUAUAUUUCUACACUGCCGCGCUGUGUCGCGUAAUCCCAUUGCAUUUUGUGAAGGACGUGGAACACUACGGCAUGAAGGGCUACAGGUUCAGUCCCCCAGAGGACGUGUUCGCGGACGAGACCGUGAACCCCGACAACGCCUGCUUCUGCCAGGGCAGCCCUUGCAUCGGUGGCGGCCUCUUCAACCUCAGCAUCUGCCAGUUCGGCGCGCCCGCUGUGGUUUCGUGGCCUCACUUCUUCCAAGCUGACCAGAAGUACCUGGACGCAGUCGUGGGGCUUAAGCCUGACGCCGAGAAGCAUCAGUUCUCCAUGGACAUCGCGUCUCGGACGGGCUCCGUUUUGUCAGGCGUUGGCAAAGCUCAAAUCAACUUCGCCCUCACCAACGUUUCUGAGGUGAAGCCUGCGCAGGGCCUGCGACCGAUGAUCUUCCCCGUCGUGUGGUUCUCUGACGGCGUUGCAGUUCUGUCACCUGGUAUCGUCGACCAGCUGCGUAUGGCUAUCAACCUGCCUGAGACAAUCAAGGCGACAGUGUUGACGCUCUCCUUCAUCUUCGGCUGCGUGAUGUUCGUGGGAGGCAUCACGAUCUGCGUGAUGCUGCUUUACCGCAAGACCGUAGGGUUCUCACCUGAACACGGCGUGGACGGCAAGGCGCCCGCGCACGCUUCUCGCUUGCAGGGUGUCAGCAACCCCGCCAUGGAGAAAGAUUGACAAUUGUGGACGGAUGAUCAGACUCCUCGGCCUUGCAAACUACACCCUCAUAUUUACCAGCAGCAACUUCAGUAUCACCAGCAAUACCAGAAGCACCAACAGGCGCACCAAUACCUUCAGCAACAACAGCAGCUACAACAUCAGCAUCGUCACCGAACUCAGUCUGGUGGUGAAGAGAUGUACAACUCAUCUCAAUUUGCCGCUUAUCAGUUUAGCGACGAUGAAAAUGUCGGUGACGUACGGCGUGCAGAAAAUCUGGUUGGCUACAGUCGACUAAGCGAGUCAUUCACGCAGGCCCUGCCGGCAUGGCAUUAUAUUGAGGCGGGCUACCCGCGAGUGCCGCGCUGGGCCAACUGGCGGUCGCCAUAUCCUCAGGACGACCAAGACGCCUCUCGUAUCGUUGAUUAGUUUCAAUGAAUGUAUUGGGUUUGUGUCGUUCGUUUUGCAGUAUUUUUGCCUCCCAUUUAUCAGUACGAUGUACUGAAAUACGAAGAUAUUUUGUCACAAAAUGUAAAUUUACCAAAAUUUGCAACAUGAAGGUUGUUUUUGGUCGCAUUUAUCAACAGAUUUUAGGCUAAAUAAAUUCAUGAACCAAAUUAUUAUCAGCACAAUUUUCAACAUGAACAUUCCAGAGCAAUAGUGAGUGUGGUUGUCUAGCUCCGAGCUGAUCAUCUGUCGUGUUAAAACUUAAGUUCAAGUGCCUUAUCCUCGCGGUAAAAUAAGACGCUAGUGCACUUCAGUCAGGUCAACAAGAUACCUGACUCUUUAGUGCACACUUAAUGUUAAGGGUCGUAAGUUUAUGUAGACAAGUUUGAAUUAUGUAUGCCUUAUCUGAGGAGAUUAUUCUAGACUUGACUAGUUCUGGUAAGAGAGGUUCUCUUGAAUCUGCGUGUGCCAUGGCUUGUAAAUCUCGCUGGUUUAUCUCCUUUAUUAGCUCACUGUGAUAUUUGUGUUGACAUCCUCUCAUCUAGGAUAUCCAUCAAUGAAUCUCCAAAACUCGAAAUUUUAGUUCGACGUUUUAGACUAUUUUGGCAGCUCUCGAUUCUUCUCUUACUUGAUCACCGACGAAGGUGAUGAAGUCCUCCAAUGAAGAUCAUUGGUGAACUCUUCAGAAAAAUGUUGCUGUCUGGCCUCACCAACCGAUAGAUCCUUCAAAAAUUCCCUGACUGCACGAUUUGGUUGAUGUAUUUUGUCCUCGUCCUCACUGUAGGAUUUGAUGUAUUUUGUCCUGGACUCGACUGUAGGAUUUGAUGUAUUUUGUCCUGGACUCGACUGUAGGAUUUGAUGUAUUUUGUCCUGGACUCGACUGUGGGAUUUGAUGUAUUUUGUCCUGGACUCGACUGUAGGAUUUGAUGUAUUUUAUCCUGGACUCGAGAGCAGAAUUUGCUGUUAAUUUCACAUGGAGACUCUGGGAAACAGUCGUGUGCACCAUCACCGCUGCUGGGAAUUAUGAUGAACUGAUAAAAAUUUUGUAAGCUAAUGCGACCGACCUAAUUAAUUCUGUAAUUAUUUGACCUCAUGUCUAGGACUUAUCAUCUCACAAAUCAAGUGUCUUUGACAAGUUGUUAAAUUAACUUAUCUACUUGAUUCUCAUUUGUAAGCAUGCAGGAAACAAUGAAUGCGUCAGCAAUAUAUAUAUAGAUCAUUGGCUUUAUUUAAGUUUUGAGGUCUUCACUCGGGCUCAAAAUAAAUGCUCUAAAUAUUGACUUCAUCUGCUAUAGCGUUUUGUGCUUCUACUUUAUAGAAUUUACUUAGAGAAACAGCUAUUUAAAAAAUAUUGUACCUCGUUAAAAUAUCUCGCAGGGUUGCUGCUGACUUUGAUUGCAUGAAUUAUCUUCCAUUUAUGCUUCGUAUGUGAAGUUAUUACGCAUCCCAAUAUUUCAUGGGCCUAGUUCACCUUCAUCGUCCGCAGCUGGAGUCUCGUGUCUUCCAUUAGAGUUAAUGUUUGUACUUAAUGGCGCGUGAGUUGCUCAGAAGACCAAGCCACUCAGGGUCUGCUCUUCUAGACACAAACGGCGAGACUAGCCGACAGACCAACUCACUUGUGGUCUGGUCUACAUAUUCUUCCUGUGCGUUUAGUUACGAAUGCUUCUAUAUUCUCAAUCAAAUAUUUUUGUACGAGCUGUUAUGCAUAUACUCUCUUUAGGUGUAGAUUUUUACUUAAAUUAAAAGAGAAUUAUUCG